AUGAGAUCUAUGAGGUGUGAUCAAAGACCAAGGGAUGAAGUAGUCGAAAUGGUAAAUGAUCCCCCAAAGUUCAUGAUCACAGAUAAAACCCCACAACUACUAAUGGAUUGGUGGAAUGAUAUGCAUGAAUUUAGGCGGACUGAGAUAUUCAAACAUCUUGGUUUCCUUACAGAUAUCAUGAGAUUUAGUCCUAACAGAGGUUUGAUCGAGGCUUUGAUCCCGUUUUGGGAUUUCACAAACAAUGUGUUUCGAUUUAGUGAUUUUAAGUUGACGCCUACAUUAGAAGAAUUGGGUGGUUUCACAGGUUUAGGCCAGGAUCUUCGAACUAAAACACUGAUAGCCCCUAGGAGUGUCAGCGAAAGUAAAUUUCUAGAACAGAUGCACAUCAUCCAUCCUCAUAAGAAGUAUUUUGAUGAUGGUUUGGUUUCUUUGGAAUUCUUGUACUCAAGAUAUGGAAAGAAGGAAUGA